AUGGGGAGCGUUGAAACUCGUUCUGAACUCCGAUGCCAAACAUGUUGGCUGAGGAUAUGUUCAUCGGGUGUUAACCCGCAAUCAUUACGUGGUUCAAACACCGGUGUUUAUGUAGGCGUUACAAUGUAUAACUCGUCAGACGGAUAUCCGGAUGACGUUCAUCCGGAUGUGGAUGGAUCGGUAAAGACGACAUUGUUUCAGACACUGUAUUGCACAAAAUAUCUCUACCCGAGCCGUAUAUCAUUUGUCAACGAUUUUAAAGGGCCCUCACUUAUAGUGGACACUGCUUGUUCGGCCAGUCUGUCCGCUAUGACACUGGCUUAUAAUGAUCUAAUGCUUGGCAAUACGGAUGCGGCAAUAGUGUGCGGCACUCAUAUGGUGUUUGAGCCGUUUAUAAAUCAAGUGCAACAGGAGUUUGGUAUUUGUUCUCCGAGAGGAGUGUCCGCCGUGUUUGACGAAUCGGCCGACGGUUACGUCAAAUCAGAGGCCGUAUGUGCGGUGUUUCUACAGCGCCGCCGGAAUGCACACCGUAUAUACGCACAGGUCGUAUCCGCGCGCAUGAACAUCGAUGGGAAGAAAAAGGUAGGAAUGUUUCACCCAUCGGCCGAUGCACAAGAGCAGCUCAUGAGACAGAGCUACAUGUCAGCUAAAAUUGAUCCAGCUCGUUUAACUUAUUUUGAGACGCAUGCAACUGGAACCAAAGUUGGUGAUCUACAGGAAAUCAAAGCGAUAUAUAACGCAUACUGUGAGGGCCGGACUGAGCCCUUGCCGUUAGGGGCGUUGAAGAGCAAUAUGGGUCAUUCAGAAGCCGGCUCUGGAGUCGCGGCUGUGAUUAAAGUGUUGAUUGCAUUCGAAAAUCAAUGCAUUCCUCCGAACCUUAAUUUAAAUCAAUUAAAGAAAGAAUUGGAAAUAUAUUUUCCACCACUGCUAGCAGUUACUAAGAAGUAUCCGUAUAAACCUGGGUUGGCUGCUGUGAACAACUUUGGUAUCGGCGGUGCGAAUGCACACGUAUUGUUUGAACCCAACCAUAAGUUGGGAACCAGUGAUGGGUUAAAAAUUGCGGAAACAAUUCCCAGAAUUGUAAACAUUUGCGGCCGAACUGAAGAUGCGGUCAAAUAUGUGAUGGAUUUCAUACAAAACAACCCAAAGAGAGUGACGAAUGACUUUUUGGCACUUUUAGCACCAGUAAUGAGAUUCACACCCGAUAUUAAUUCAGCCGGAAUGCCAUUUAGAGGAUCCUUAGGCCCCUUCCCUUUCCCGCCCCCACCCAAUGGGAUCAAUGAUAAUAAAGAAAGUGUGGGACAAAACCAAUGA